AUGGUGCCGCCGCUUCCCUCUUGCCUUCUCUACUUUUCUGUCAGCGGUUUAUCCCUGAUGCUUGGUUCGGUGGUGCGGAAGAUUCCUGACGAGCUGGUGGAGCACUACCUCGCCCGCAGCGGGUUCCACUGCCCCGACCUUCGCCUGUGUCGCUUAGGCGAUAAGGCUUGCUGGAAAUCUAGGCGUCCCUGUCACCAUGAUCAAAUAGAGAGGGAGGGAAGGAGAACCGAAGAAGAAUGGGAGGGGAAGGAGGGGGCCAUCAAGGCCAAGAACCUGAGCUGGUGCCAUCCCUGCUGCCUCCGGCACUGGUGGCUGGCACAGAACUUGCUCCAGUCAGCCGUGACACAGUCAAUCUGGAAGGGAAUGAUUUGA